ACACGGAAUCCUGACGGCGGGAGAGGCGGCCGCCACCCAGGACCAAACGGCUGGACGUUGCCCUUCGGGGCAGGCCCGGCCCAGCCCCGCCGCCCGCCUGCCCGCCCGCGCCGCUGUUUUUAAAAUGGAAACACACCCGGUCCCGCCUCCAGCCGUGAGGACGCCGGGUAAAGGGCGCUGCCCUCCGGAGGGGCCCUAGCUUGGCCUUUUCGAAAGUUCCUGUACACAGGGCCUUCUCUUCUGGGUUCUUCCCUGCCUACUCUCUCUCCCGACCUAAGCCCAGCAACAAAAGCUCACACUCGCCUUUAUCCCCCCGGGCUCGCUCCACCUGUCCGCCACGGCCCCACCUUCGCCCCGCCCCCGGAAGUGACGACACCACGCGGCCCUGCCGUUGUCCCGUCGGGCCUCGCGGCGGCGGCGGCGGGAAGAUGGCGGCGGCGGGAGCGCUGGAACGCAGCUUCUUGGAGCUGAGCGGAGCCGAGCGGGAGAGGCCGAGGCACUUUCGGGAAUUCACAGUCAGCUGCGUUGGGACUGCAAAUGUUGUGGCUGGGGCCGCGAAGUACAAUGAGAGCGCGGGAGGCUUCUACUAUGUGGAAAGCGGCAAACUGUUAUCCAUCACCAGGAACAGGUUCAUUCAUUGGAAGACCUCUGGAGAUACAUUGGAGCUGGUGGAGGAGUCAUUGGACAUAAAUCUGUUGAAUAAUGCAGUUCGUCUCAAAUUCCAAAAUUGCAGUGUCCUGCCUGGAGGGGUCUAUGUCUCUGAGACUCAGAAUCAUGUGGUAGUCUUGAUACUAACCAAUCAAACAGUGCACAGGUUACUCUUCCCGCACCCUUCCCGGAUGUACAGAAGUGAGUUGGUAAUUGAAAGUCAGAUGCAGUCAGUGUUCACUGACAUUGGCAAAGUUGACUUCAGGGAUCCUUGCAACUAUCAGUUAAUCCCAACGGUUCCUGGGCCAGCUCCUAAUUCUGCCGCCUCAGCAGCCUGGCUUAGCAGUGAUGGAGAGGCUCUGUUUGCACUGCCGUCUGCUUCUGGGGGCAUCUUUGUUCUUAAACUACCUCCUUAUGACAUGCCUGGGAUGGCGUCCGUUGUGGAACUGAAACAGAGUUCAGUAAUGCAGCGAUUGCUUAUCGGCUGGAUGCCAACAGCUAUCAGGGGUGAUCAGAGCCCUUCAGAUCGAGCCCUGAGUCUUGCUGUCCAUUGUGUUGAGCAUGAUGCGUUCAUCUUUGCUCUGUGUCAGGAUCAUAAACUGCGAAUGUGGUCUUACAAGGACCAAAUGUGCCUGAUGGUGGCCGACAUGCUGGAGUAUGUCCCUGUGAAUAAGGAUCUUCGGCUCACUGCUGGGACUGGACACAAAUUACGACUUGCUUAUUCUCCUUCCAUGGGACUCUACCUGGGGACGUACCUGCAUGCACCGAAACGAGGACAGUUCUGCAUCUUCCAGUUGGUGAGCACUGAGAAUAACCGCUACAGUCUGGAUCACAUUUCCUCUCUCUUUACUUCUCAGGAGACACUGAUUGACUUUGCCUUAACCUCCACGGAUAUCUGGGCUCUGUGGCAUGAUGCUGAGAACCAAACGAUUGUGAAAUACAUCAACUUUGAACAUAAUGUUGCAGGUCAGUGGAAUCCAGUGUUUAUACAGCCUCUGCCAGAGGAGGAGAUCAUCAUCAGAGAUGACCAAGACCCCAGAGAGGUGUAUUUGCGGAGUCUUUUUACUCCAGGACGAUUCAUAAAUGCAGCUUUAUGUAAAGCGUUACAGAUUUUCUGCAGAGGAACUGAGAGAAAUAUGGAUUUUUCCUGGAGUGAACUAAAGAAAGAAGUUACUUUAGCUGUUGAAACAGAGCUCCACGGAAGUGUAACAGAGUAUGAGUUCUCCCAGGAGGAGUUUCGAAAUUUGCAGCAGGAGUUCUGGUGCAAGUUCUAUGCCUGUUGUCUUCAGUAUCAAGAAGCCCUCUCUCACCCUCUCGCUCUGCAUUUGAACCCCCACACGAACAUGGUGUGCCUGCUGAAAAAAGGGUACCUGUCUUUUCUUAUGCCCUCUUCCCUAGUGGACCAUUUGUAUCUACUGCCUGAUGAGAACCUGUUGACAGAGGAUGAGACAACCAUAUCUGAUGAUGUGGAUGUUGCUCGAGAUGUCAUAUGUCUUAUAAAAUGUCUUCGGCUGAUUGGAGAGUCCGUAAAUAUGGACAUGUCAGUUAUGAUGGAAAUGAGUUGCUACAACCUACAGUCUCCAGAGAAGGCUGCGGAACAGAUUCUGGAAGAUUUGAUCACUGUUGAUGUAGAAAAUGUGCUAGAGGAUAUUUGUAGUAAACUGCAAGAAAUUCGGAAUCCAAUCCAGGCCAUUGGCGUUCUUAUACGGGAAAUGGAUUAUGAAACAGACGUGGAAAUGGAAAAGGGAUUCAAUCCAGCUCAGCCUUUAAAUGUGCGGAUGAAUCUUUCCCAGCUCUAUGGGAGUAGCACAGCAAGUUACAUUGUAUGCAGAGCGGUGUUUAAAAUCGCCAGCACCCGCUUCCUGAUCUGCCGAGACCUCUUGAUCUUACAGCAGCUCUUACUGAGGCUAGGAGAUGCAGUGAUUUUGGGAGCUGGUCAGCUCUUUCAAGCUCAGCAAGAACUACUGCAUCGAACAGCUCCCCUGCUCCUGUGUUAUUACCUCAUUAAGUGGAAUAGUCAGUGCUUGGCAACUGAUGUUCCAGUUGACACGCUGGAAUCGAAUCUCCAACACUUGUCAGUGCUGGAACUGACUGACUCUGGUGCUUUAAUGACGAAUAAGUUUGUAUCUAGCCCUCAAACAGUUGUGGAGUUAUUCUUCCAAGAAGUUGCAAGAAAACACAUUAUCUCUCAUCUCUUCUCUCAACCAAAGGCACCUCUGAGCCAAACUGGAUUGAAUUGGUCUCAAAUGAUUACUGCAAUUACAAGUUAUUUAUUGCAGCUUUUAUGGCCUAGCAAUCCUGGUUGUCUCUUUCUAGAAUGUUUGAUGGGAAACUGUCAGUAUAUACAGUUGCAGGAUUAUAUUCAACUGUUGCAUCCCUGGUGUCAAGUCAACGUUGGUUCCUGUCGAUUUAUGCUGGGGCGGUGUUACCUCGUUACAGGAGAAGGACAGAAGGCACUGGAAUGUUUCUGUCAGGCAGCAUCUGAAGUAGGCAAGGAGGAAUUCCUGGAUCGCCUGAUCCGCUCGGAGGAUGGGGAAAUUGUGUCCACUCCCAGGCUGCAGUAUUACGAUAAGGUUUUACGCCUACUAGAUGUUAUUGGUUUGCCUGAACUGGUUAUUCAGCUGGCGACCUCAGCAAUAACUGAAGCAGGUGAUGACUGGAAAAGUCAAGCUACUUUGAGGACAUGCAUUUUCAAACAUCAUUUGGAUUUGGGUCACAAUAGCCAAGCAUAUGAGGCCUUAACCCAAAUCCCUGAUUCCAGCAGACAGUUAGAUUGUUUGCGACAGCUGGUGGUAGUUCUUUGUGAACGCUCACAGCUACAGGAUCUUGUAGAGUUUCCCUAUGUGAAUCUGCAUAAUGAGGUUGUGGGAAUAAUUGAAUCACGUGCUAGAGCUGUGGACCUUAUGACCCACAAUUACUAUGAACUUCUCUAUGCCUUUCACAUCUAUCGCCACAACUACCGCAAAGCUGGCACGGUGAUGUUUGAAUAUGGAAUGCGUCUUGGCAGAGAGGUUCGAACUCUCCGGGGACUGGAGAAGCAAGGCAACUGUUACCUGGCUGCUAUUAAUUGUUUACGACUUAUUCGUCCAGAAUACGCAUGGAUUGUGCAGCCAGCAUCUGGUGCAGUGUAUGAUCGCCCUGGAGCAUCUCCGAAGAGGAGUCACGAUGGAGAGUGCACAGCUGCCCCGUCAAAUCGGCAGAUUGAAAUCCUGGAGCUGGAGGAUCUGGAAAAAGAGUGCUCCUUGGCUCGAAUCCGCCUCACUCUGGCCCAGCACGAUCCAUCGGCAAUUGCCGUGGCAGGAAGCUCGUCAGCAGAGGAGAUGGUGACUCUCUUGGUUCAGGCUGGCCUCUUUGACACUGCCAUAUCCCUCUGUCAGACUUUUAAGCUUCCCUUAACACCAGUCUUUGAGGGACUUGCUUUCAAAUGCAUCAAACUGCAGUUUGGAGGAGAAGCCGCACAGGCAGAAGCCUGGACCUGGCUAGCAGCCAAUCAGCUGUCAUCUGUCAUCACUACUAAAGAAUCCAGUGCUACUGAUGAAGCAUGGCAACUAUUAUCGACUUACCUAGAAAAAUACAAAGUCCAGAAUAAUUUAUAUCACCACUGUGUAAUCAAUAAGCUCUUGUCUCAUGGAGUGCCUCUGCCUAAUUGGCUUAUAAAUAGUUACAAGAAGGUUGAUGCUGCUGAACUGCUUCGUCUGUACUUGAACUAUGACCUUUUAGAAGAAGCUGUGGAUUUAGUCUCAGAAUACGUGGAUGCUGUAUUGGGAAAAGGACAUCAGUACUUUGGAAUUGAGUUUCCACUGUCCGCAACAGCCCCCAUGGUGUGGCUGCCUUACUCCUCCAUUGAUCAGCUUCUCCAGGCUCUGGGAGAGAACAGCGCCAACAGUCACAACAUUGCGCUGUCCCAGAAGAUACUUGACAAGUUGGAGGACUACCAGCAAAAGGUUGACGUGGCAACCCGGGAUUUACUGUAUCGUCGGAACUUGUGAUCUGGAUUGUUACCUAGCUUUUGUAACCGCUUGGUGCCUCCUAGGGCUUAAGACUACUCCACAGGAACCCUGCACUCGAGGCCGAUUUUUCUAACUGUAAAUGAUGUGUACAGCAUUCAAGUCUGCAUUCUGCGCAAGUUAGGAGAGCGGGACACUCAGAGGAUCCUGUGCUUUGCUGGUGGUGCUAACCCAACUUCUGGUUUUCAGCCUUGGUCUCAAACAGCUGCUUUUGUAUAUGAUUCACAAGCUUUUUUAGAGUUUAUAUUUUUUUAAACUACCGAAGACAUCCUUUAUCUGCAAAUUAAAACUCACUUUCCAGAAGAGCUGAUGGUUGUUGGUUUGUUGAAGCUGACUACCAAAAGCAGUCCCUGCAGAUCUUCAUUCUUCCCUAUCACUUUUUGUAUUUCAGUGGGAUUAUUUUGGUCUAGAAGUGACAUGUAUUUUCUGUAUUGCAAACAGAAGCUAAUGAUUUUGCAUAAUCUUUUCAUUAUUUAUUGUGAAGUUUUUGUAUGAUGUUCAAAUAAGUAAUUUGCCUAGAUUAAACCUAAAAUGAUGACCAGCUAUUUAAAGAAGAUACCUUAUUUUUAAUCUGGUUCUGAGGCUAAAUUUAAGGAACUGUUAGCUAAGAAAACAUUGAAAAACCUAUCAUUUAUAUAAGAACAGGUUUCAAGGUAAACUCUGUUACCUUCUAUGAUCUCUGAUAAUCAAGCCGGACUUGAUAAGACAGAACUCUAAUAACAUAUUGGACUAAAAUAUGAACUUUACUGGUCAGACUCAGAAGCAUUCAUGCCUACAAAUUUUUGGGAAAGUGAAAAUUAAUAAAAUCUGAUUUUAUUCUGUAUAUUAUAAUUUUGCUUUCAAGAAACAGAUCUGUAAACUAUUUGCUGUAUGCCAUUUGGCUUUUCUUGAGUUUUUCAUUUUUAUUUUUAAGAUUUUUAUACUGUCAAUACCAUGUCUACAUUAUAUACUUAACAGUUGCAUUUCUCUGUGGUGCUGUUCAUAAAUGCUGAGGUUCGUUCUUGUUUUCGCUUUGCCAUGAUUCCUGUGAGGAAUUUGGUACAAUUAGGGACUGGGAGAACCCUUGCCCUCGCAGCUUUCUAAACCUAUGGUUUUUCAACUGUAGUAGGAAAGCUCUUUUGUCCUGCAUACACAUGUAUUAUCAAAAGAAAGAUUUCAAAAAAUGUG